AACUUGAAGCAAACUUUUUAGGCCCUUACAUUAUUACAGCAAUCCAAGGUAAAAGUGCAGAUCUUCAGGAUUCCAAUGGGACAAUCAUUCCAAAAGUAAAUAUUGACCAACUAAAGUUAAGCAAAGACAGCAUGCCAAGAGUGCCACACCGGGGUUCAAAGAAAACAGCAGCCACAUUACCAACAGCACAACCAGGUCCAGCAGCACCACAAGCUGCAGCAGCACCAGCAUCUGCUCUAGCUUCACAGGCUACAGCAGCACCAGUGGCGGUAGCACCACCACCACCUCCUCCUAGAGCUACACAGCCUACAGCACCAAUGGCAUCACUUACAUCACUAUCGGUUCAAACACAACAUCCAUCUCCAGUUCCACAAGGUAUAGCAAUAACGGUAUCAGAUCCAGAGUCAGGAGCAACAGCACAGAAAGAGAACGAACCAGCCACAAGUGCUACAGCACCAGAAUAUGCUACAGCUGUACAAACCGAAUCCCAAACAGCAGCAGACCCAGCCUCAAAGACCAUAACAGCAGACCAGGCCUCACAAACCACAACAGCAGACCCAGCCUCACAAACCACAACAGCAGACCAGGCCUCACAAACCACAACGGCAGCAGACCCAUCCUCACAGACCACAGCUCCAAAUGCUACAACCACACAAGCCUCAGCUCCACAGAUUACAGCCCAGCAAUCUACAGCACAAACCAUGGAAGCAACAGUUCCACUUGUGACACCAGCCCCAGCAACAGCCACACAAGCUAGCCCUGCACCACCUCCAGCAUCACCCUCUCAGAGAUACACUGAACCUGUUGCAGAGAAAUAUAUAAUGGAUGCCUGGGCUGGAAAGAGUCCUCACGUUCUACUCUCCAAAAUUGGUGCUUACAAAUUAUUCUACUGGGAUAUCCAACAAAUUGGUCCGGACAUGGAGUUGGAAAGUGAGGUACAGUGAUC